CCCUUACCCCUUCACUCCUCACUCCCAAUCUACAACCCAAGAGCCCCUGAAAAAAACCUCUCUCUCUUCUCUCCUUCUCUCUUUGAAUCUCUUUCUAGUUGAUCUUGAUUUUGUUGCUCCGAUGGCUGUGGAUGCUCUCGAGACUACGGCGGCGGCACCGAUUCACCCGACGACGACUCAUGAGAUGAGCGACGAGGAGAUUCCUCAUUUGGAAGGAUGGGCGAAAAGGAAGCGCUCCAAGCGCCACCACCGCUUCUUCGACCACCCGCCGACUGAGGAGGAAUAUCUCGCUCUCUGUCUCGUCAUGCUUGCUCGCGGUGGUUCCGGUCACCGUCAUCCGCUUCUGAAUUCUGGCUCGGGGACUGCGACGACGACGGCCGCCGCUUCAGGACUGGAGGAGAAGCUUUCGUACAAGUGUUCGGUCUGCGGCAAGGCAUUCGCUUCCUACCAGGCGCUCGGCGGGCACAAGGCGAGCCACCGGAAGCUCACCACCGGCGAGGAUUCAACCACCUCGCCGGCGGCGUCGGCGUGCGGGUCGUCGGCAGCUGCCGCCUCCAGCAGCGGGAGGGUCCAUCAGUGCUCGGUGUGCCUGAAGACUUUCCCGUCCGGGCAGGCUCUCGGGGGGCAUAAGAGGCGCCACUAUGAAGGAAACCUCGGCGGGGGAGCCGCCUCCGCCGGCGCCGGCGGUGCGGCGUCGAUGUCGGAAGGGGCAGGAUCGAGUGAUAGGGGAUUCGACUUGAACCUGCCACCGGUGCCGGAAUUCGCCUUCGAUGCAGCGAGGCGGUGCGUGGCGGCGGAGGAGGAGGAGGUGCAGAGCCCUCUGGCCUUCAAGAAGCCUCGCUUCCUCAUACCGGCUUAGAGGCAACACCUUCGAAGUUAUCGCGACGUUAAUUUGUUUUUUUUUUUCUUCAGUUAUUUUUUAUUUGUUUGUGUACAGAGAAUUUUUCAUUCGUUGUCACUGGCAUGAUCAGUUUUCAUUGUGUUUUUUAUUAUUUUGUUUUUGUUAGUUGGAAAUUAAUUAGAAUUGGGUUUUUUUUCUGGAAA